AUGCAAGCGGCAAAGCAGAACAAAAGCAGAGCAAAAGAAGAGAAGGAUAUGGCAAUCAGCAAAGGGUCAGGGCGAUCUUACCUCAUAGUUGCAGUAUCCGACGAUGACGGUGGAAGAUGCGAAAUCGUGGGUGCCAGCGGAGGCGAGACGAGAACGGUAGGCAGGGGAAGCUGGAGAGGCGGCGCUGCCGAGAGAGGUGUUCGGCCGUGUUGCAAAGCGGACGAAGAAUGGAGAGGAAAAAAGCCUGUGCAGCUGAAUGCAGAAUCCGGGAUGCUGCUGGCGGCGGUAGAUCUAGACUCUAUAUCGUGUGAGCGGUCGUUCCUUUGUGGCGUGAUGUUGGAAGAUGGAGACGAAUUCAUCGUCACCAAAAAAGAAACAUGA